UGUGUAUUCUGCUAGUUCAAUACUCUAAAAAGAAGAAAAGUCUAAUUUCUAAAAUAAAAACUUGUACCAACAACUUACUCGAAGUCAAAUGUAAUUUUUCCAUCAUGGGAAAGUUAGGUCAGACAUUGCUACAAAAGCAUCCCACUUAUGUUACAUUUCUAAAUACUUUUUUUCUUCAUAUUUUUCCUCUAUAUCCAAAAAAUUCAAGACACUAUCACAAGCCUAAGCCACAAAAAAUUGCACAUUCAUGUCUCAAAUUUCAAACUCUUCAAAUUCAUUGUACAACUUUAUUGUAAAAGAUGGAAAUGGAAUCAAAGGCUUAGUAGACUCAGGUUUAUCACAUGUUCCAAAAAUGUACAUACAACCCAUAACCGAAAGAAUCAACAAACUAGACUCAAAACCUUGUGAGAUUCCACCUAUUGAUUUAUCAAAACUCAAUGGACCAGAACAUGAAAAAGUGGUGAAUGAAAUUGUUAGAGCGGCUGAAACACUUGGAUUCUUUCAAGUAGUGAAUCAUUGUGUAUCUUUGGAGUUGUUGGAAUCAGUUAAAGAUUCAGCACACUCUUUCUUCAACAUGCCACCAGAGGAGAAAGUUGUUUACCGCAAAAGUGUGAGUCCAAGUUUAAAGAUGAGAUAUGAGACUAGUUUUGUACCUGAGGUAGAAAAAGUGUUGGAAUGGAAAGAUUAUAUUAAUAUGGUUUAUAGUAGUGAUGAAGAUGCUCUUCAAUAUUGGCCUCAUAUGUGCAAGGAAAUUGCACUUGAAUAUUUGAAGUUAUCAUCCAAGAUAGUUAGAGACAUCUUGAAAAUAUUAAUUGGUAAACUAGGAGUGAAACUAGAUGAGUCAAAAAUGGAGGGUCUUAUUGGUAUGAAGAUGGUUAACAUGAACUACUAUCCAGCAUGUCCAAAUCCAGAACUCACAGUUGGUGUAGGACGCCACUCAGACGCAGGAACUAUCACAGUACUUCUUCAAGAUGGAAUUGGUGGCUUAUAUGUCAAAGCAGAAGAUGAGAAUAAUGAUGGAAAAGAAGAGUGGCUUGAAAUUCUACCAAUCCAUGGAGCUUUAGUCAUCAAUGUUGGUGAUGCUUUAGAGAUACUUAGCAAUGGAAAGUAUAAGAGUUCUGAACACAGAGUGAUGACAACAUCCACACAAUCCAGAGUAUCAGUUCCACUGUUUACUCUUCCAAUACCUACUGAGAAUAUUGGCCCAUUUCCAGAAUUGGUGAGUAAAGAUGGGUUUGCUGGUUAUAGAGAAGUCUUGUGGCAGGAUUACAUGGAUAACUUCUAUAGGACUGCUCAUGAUGGAAAGAAGACUCUUGAUUUUGCAAAAAUUAAAUCUGCUUAAUAAUUCUAUGAAAAGUGUGAAGUAUGAACCAAUAAUUUAGGUUUCCUUUCUCAUUUCAAUGUAUAAUAAUUAAUUUCUCAUUUUAUUUUAAUCUCAUAUAUAAAAUGAUAAUAAUCUAGGGUUCGAAUUA